AUGUUAGCGGUGGGGGCCAUGGAGGGCACCCGGCAGAGCGCGUUCCUGCUCAGCAGCCCGCCGCUGGCCGCCCUGCACAGCAUGGCCGAGAUGAAGACCCCGCUGUACCCCGCCGCCUACCCCCCGCUGCCCGCCGGGCCCCCCUCGUCCUCGUCGUCGUCGUCGUCGUCGUCGUCGCCCUCCCCGCCGCUGGGCACUCACAACCCGGGCGGCCUGAAGCCCCCGGCCGCGGGGGGGCUCUCGUCCCUGGGCAGCCCCCCGCAGCCGCUCUCGGCGGCCACCCCGCACGGCAUCAACGACAUCCUGAGCCGGCCCUCCAUGCCCCUGGCCUCGGGGGCCGCCCUGCCCUCCGCCUCGCCCUCCGGCUCGUCCUCCUCGUCCUCCUCCUCGUCCUCCUCCGCCUCCUCCGCGUCGGCCGCGGCGGCGGCGGCGGCGGCGGCCGCGGCGGCCGCGUCCUCCCCGGCCGGGCUGCUGGCCGGCCUGCCCCGCUUCAGCAGCCUGAGCCCGCCGCCGCCGCCCCCGGGGCUCUACUUCAGCCCGAGCGCCGCGGCCGUGGCCGCCGUGGGUCGCUACCCCAAGCCGCUGGCCGAGCUGCCCGGCCGGACGCCCAUCUUCUGGCCCGGAGUGAUGCAGAGCCCGCCCUGGCGGGACGCGCGCCUGGCCUGCACCCCGCAUCAAGGAUCCAUUCUGCUGGACAAAGACGGCAAGAGGAAACACACGAGACCCACUUUCUCGGGCCAGCAGAUCUUUGCCCUGGAGAAGACGUUCGAACAAACGAAGUAUCUGGCGGGGCCCGAGAGAGCUCGCUUGGCCUAUUCGCUGGGGAUGACCGAGAGUCAGGUCAAGGUCUGGUUCCAGAACCGCCGGACCAAGUGGAGGAAGAAGCACGCGGCCGAGAUGGCCACGGCCAAGAAGAAGCAGGACUCGGAGACGGAGCGGCUCAAGGGGGCGUCGGAGAACGAGGAGGAGGACGACGACUACAACAAGCCGCUGGACCCCAACUCGGACGACGAGAAGAUCACGCAGCUGCUCAAGAAGCACAAGCCGGGCGGCGGCGCGCUCCUGCUGCACGCGGCCGACGCCGACGGUUCGUCGUGAGCCGCGGCCGCCGCCCGCCACGGACUCGCUCUGUUUUGUAACCGAGAGACCCCCUGCGGGGCGCGGGGGGCGCGCGGGGGCGCGGGGGCGCGCGGGGCGGGCGCGGGCGCGGGCACGGGGCGCGCGCGUCCGGGGAGCAUCUGCCGCGUCCGCACCCCCCGCGCGCCGCCGCCGGGGAGCCCCGCGGGGCCCCGAGGGUCGCCCAGUCCCCGCCAGCCCCCGCCGAGCCCCCGCCCGAGGGACCUGUUGACGCUCUUUGUAAAUAAACCGUGAGUCACACUGACUACAAGUUACUUUAUUGUGAAUAUUUCAGAAAACAAAAAAAACAGUCAAAGGCUUCCCUCCCGCCCCCCCGCCCUCCACCGCGCCCGAAUUUGGUAGAAAAGGGGAAAAAAAUACAAAAAAACAAAAAAACCAAAAAGAGGACCUGCUUCUUCCCGGGUGAGAGGUAGUCCCUCUCCGGGGAGCUUGGCUGGAGAAGCUUCCAGAAGGCGGCCCGCGCGCUCCCCGCGCUCCUGCCCCGCCGCGGCCCCGCGCGCGCUCGCGGACACCCCGCCCAUCCGCUCCCCUCCGAAAUUGCACAGUCAUUUUCUUGCUAUUUAUUAGUGAUUUCGAGAAAGUCUUGGGGGCGGGAGGGCUACAAGAGCUUGUAUUUAAUUUAACUCCUUUCUGAGAAAAAAAAAAAUGUGUGUUAAAGUAGAAGGUGGGAAUUGUUACAACUGCUCUGGUUCAGAAAGCUAAAACUCACUUAGUUGCUGUAAUUGAAUUUGAAGUGGUUUUUUUUUUUGUAUCAUAAGAAUACUAUAGACAAUGUAAAUGGUUUUUCUUUUUUUUAUUUUUAAGCGAAUAACGGUGAUAUAUUAGUCUCUUUAACCUUUUUAAUUUAUAUAAGGAAUUCGGUUUGUAAAGAGAAGCAAACACCCUUUGCAAGACCAGUGACAUGUAAUGCACUUUCUGUUUCAAAGGAUAAAUCAAAUUAAAAACAAAACAAAACACUUGGA